UCUUUGUUCGGAGAGAAGAUCUUUUUGUUCUUUGAGUAUUUAAUGAGUGUUCGCUCUAUUUCGGACAUUAUAGAUCGCGAGUUCAACAUGCUAUGGAAAAGCUUUAAUCUUGUCAGCCAAAAAAGAGGGAAAAAAAGAUUUUAAAAAGAAAAAGAGAGGAGCAAAGGAUUCACUGUUCGCAGUUUAAGCUGAAUGUAUAGGUGGGCUUUGUCUAUUUCGCGGUUCUUGGGCUAAAUUUUGAUUAGUGGGAAGUGGUUAGAGCAUAUUUCAAGAUUUGCAGCGACACCCUCCUUUGAGUCUGUUUGUUAUAUGGCCUCACAGAUCUCUGUUCAGAUUCCCUUUUCCUCUUUUCCCUUUAAGUACCUUUUCGAUGAGUUUCAGCAUAUUACUAAAGCCAUACUUUGUGAUCGGACUUUGUGGUCUACUGAAUCGGAAAGAUCCUCAAACUCUUAUUGGUUAGCUGGAGUCUUGGUUGUGUUUUUAGCACGAAGAUGUCGAUGAAUGCUGCCGGGAAGCCCCUGAAGAGCGGCGAAAUAUACACGCCAGAGAGGAAUGCCACAAAUGGGGCUGAUGAAGUAGUGUUGACAAUCUCAAGUGAAGGAACCAAGAGCAAAAACACGAAGGACUUGUCUUCAAAUGAGCCAAACAAAACGGCCCCGAUGAGUAGUCCAUCUGCUGAAACUGGAAGGUUCAGAACAAGCCCAAGUAAGCCCCCAAAACCUCCCACCACUAAUGAAGCUAUGCUCCGAAGGAGAUCGCUCAUGAAACAAAAGUCGAGGUUUGGGGAACAACCUUUGCCUGUGGAUUCGAGCACAUUAGGCGAGGAAACUAUUGCCUCAAUCUUGCAAGACCAGGGCUCACCUUAUAACAGGAGCCCUGCUAAUCGGGGGACUACUCCCAGGGCUGUCCCAGUCACUCCCUCCCCUGGGCCUGUGGGAGGGGAUGACGAUGGUGAUGAGAUCUACAAGAAGGUCACCCUUGAGUUGAGCCGAGCGAAGCGUAGGAGAGUAAAGACAAAGGCCCUGAUCGAGUGGAUCACUUUUGGUUUCAUACUUGCGUGCUUGAUUUGUAGCUUAACAGUCAAAAAGUUGCAAGAUGUUGUGAUCUGGAGCUUGAGCCUGUGGAAAUGGUGGGUGCUUGUGAUGGUGAUCUUCUCAGGCUUAUUGGUCACGAAUUGGAUCACUCAUCUGAUUGUUUUCUUGAUUGAGAAGAACUUCUUGCUGAAGAAGAAGGUUCUCUACUUUGUGCAUGGGUUAAAGAAGAGCGUGCAGGUCUUUGUAUGGUUGACCCUGGUUCUCAUCACAUGGGUCCUAAUGUUCAAAGGCGGGAUCAAGCAGUCGGAAUUAUCAGAGAAGAUCCUCUACUAUGUGACAUGGACUCUUGUUUCUAUCCUCAUUGGGUCAUUCCUUUGGUUUUUAAAGACCCUUUUCCUCAAGAUUUUGGCUUCAAACUUCCAUGUAACGACAUUCUUCGACCGGAUUCAAGAUUCAAUCUUCCAUCAUUAUGUUCUACAAACUCUCUCAGGUCCGCCACUCAUAGAGGAGGCUCAGAGGGUUGGCAGGGCAUCGAGCGCGGGCCAGUUUAGCUUUCGGAGAACAAAAAGGGGGAAGGCCGAAAAGGAGAAGAAGGUGAUUGAUAUGGGGAAGAUACACAAGAUGAAGCGGGAUAAGGUCUCCGCCUGGACAAUGAAGAUGCUAGUCGAUGCAGUGAUGAAUUCAGGACUCCCGACAAUUUCGAACACGCUUGACGAGAGUGUGGAUAACGGAGGAGGGGAGCAGCCUGACAAUCAAAUAACGAAUGACAUGGAGGCAAUGGCAGCUGCAUACCAUAUAUUCAGAAAUGUAGCUCAGCCAGGUUGCAAGUACUUUGACGAGGAUGAUCUAUUGAGGUUCCUGAUAAAAGAGGAGGUUGAUCUCAUCUUCCCGCUGUUUGAAGGUUGGGAGACGGGUCGAAUUGACCUAAAAUCCCUUAGGAACUGGGUGAUCAAAGUCUUUGAUGACCGUCGGGCAGUGGCUCACGCCCUGACCGACACAAAAACUGCUGUGAAGCAACUUAACAAGCUCGUGACAGGGAUCUUGAUCGUAGUCACCAUCAUUCUGUGGCUCCUCCUGACUGAGAUAGCCACGACCAAGGCCCUUGUCCUGCUCUCAUCUCAGCUCCUCGUGGCAGCCUUCAUCUUUAAGAACAUGUGCAAGACAAUCUUUGAGGCCAUCAUCUUUGUUUUUGUCAUGCAUCCUUUUGAUGUCGGGGACCGAUGCGUCAUCGAUGGUGUUCCGUUGCUGGUGGAGGAGAUGAACAUCUUAACGACGGUCUUCUUGAAGCUUGACUUCGAGAAGGUAUAUUACCCGAACUCGGUUUUGGCCACAAAACCGAUAAGCAAUUACCGCAGGAGCCCGGACAUGGGCGAUAAAGUGGACUUCUCAAUCGAUUUUAUGACCCCAAUGGAGAGAAUCGGAGCAAUGAAAGAGCGGAUUAAGAAAUACUUGGACAAGAAUCCAGCGCACUGGCAUGAGAAUUAUGUCGUGGUGGUGAGCGAGAUUGAGAAUGUGAACAAGAUCAAGAUCUCACUGAUCGUGAACCACAAGAUGAACUUCCAAGAUUACGGGGAGAAGACCAAGCGGAAGACUGAGCUAGUCCUCGAGCUGAAGAGGAUCUUCGAGGAACUGAACAUCAAGUACAACCUCGUCCCCCAGGAGGUUCACGUGUGUCAAAGGGAUACAGAAACCAGGUGUCUGGCCAUAUAGAUUUGUCGAAGAGGUUGAUCCAGAUUAUCGCUUCUUGGUAUUUGACUUCUCUAUGGCUUUGUUUGGCAUGCAUGAAUAAAAUAGAAAUGAAUGAAAUUUUGUAUAAAAUGUAAUUAUAUUGAGAGAAAAGUAGUGAGUUUUGAGUUGAACUAGAAAAUAUGAAGGAUUAUAGUUAAUUAGAUCUACUUGUUUUUCAA